CGUUAGCCCUACGUCUUUACCAUGUGCUAAAUUUUAUUCCUGUUGAAGGUGAGUCUAAUUGUAUUUUCUACAAUGUUUUCGUCCUAUUUCGCAUCAAUAACGGAGCACAGCUUUCUAUGCAUUUGUAAAGUAUUUAUAUCUAAAGAGUUUGUUAGGUUUUCUUGCGGUUUGGGGCGAUUUUAUGCCAGCAAAAGAAUCAUUCAGUCGAAGGAUUUUGAUACCAAUGUCCAUGCGCAUUCAGUUUCCUCUGCAAUUCAACGCGUUCAAUGUCCGUUUGGUCGUCGCUGGAUCAUGUGUAACCCUUUUCAAGGGUCAAAUUCCGUACGGGGAGCUAAAAAUCUCUUUCGAGAGAUCGAAAAUUGCCCUCGGGGAGCGAAUAAUCUCUUUCGGGAGAGCGAAAAUUCCUUUCGGGAAGAAAUUUAUAAUCGCCUUGUAGGAUUAUAUAAUAUUUUGUUUAUGUUACAAUAAAGUUACAGUUCUCUUCAGACAAAAUGUUUGUGGUAAAAGGUACCAGCUUAAUCUCUUCCCACCAGUGUUCUGUGCAACAUUUUUACAAAGUUUUCUUUUUUAUCCUUAUUCUAUUUCCACUCCGCCCCCUUCGUUUUCAUUUCAGUCUUAUCUUCUUUUCUUCAAUUCUUUUAUAUUACAUUUCUGUACCAGUACUGCAAUAGACACAUGCAGUCUUAGACUGCGUAUUUUUUUAUGAAAGACAUGUUUCUUCAGCCAGAAACGUAGGCUGGAUUACCAGCCGCUGUUCGGGAAAUGAGCCCGCGCUCCUCCCCCGAACAGGUCCGAACAGAGGAGGACCGAGCUAAAAGAGAGCGGCGGAAAUCGAGCCUACCAGAAACGCAGCUUAGCUUAUUCAUAUCUAUAGAAGUGGAAUAUUGUUAAAAUAAACAGAACUGCUUCUUACUAUAAGAGGCAAUAAUUAAGAAUUAUUCACCGAAAUGGAGGUGAAUAGUGGUAGACUUGUGUGUAAAACACCAACAUAAAGUAAAUUUCUUCACAUUAUAGAUAAUGUCGGCUUCGGCGCAAGCUAGGCGAGGGGACCCACUAACCAAGAAACUCCGCGAUUUUUCUGUGAAGUAUGUUAAGAUCACCAAUGAAGACAUGGCUCGCUCCAGAAGUCUGGUGCAGGAAGUCAUUGAAAAACAAAUCAUGAGCUACUGUGAACGUAACUCUUUGAUACCAAUCCUGAGACGAGAGUACACUGGUAGCGUGUAUGAGGGACUAAAAACAGAGAAGGCAGAUGAAGUGGAUGUUAUGGUUGUCCUUAAAAUAACCAGGCAAGAAGUCACCGUUGAAGCUUGCAGAGGAAUACCAGGAUAUGCAAGACUAGAGGCCCAAGAAAGUUCGAUUCUUCGUAGGUAUUCAAGUGCUGAGGGGUACAUAAUUCCUGAAAGACUUCGAAAUGGUUGGUUUCAUAGUCUCGUUGUUCAAGCAGUGAAUGCGUUCCACCGUUCGUCAUGUUCAGACUUCCGUUUGGAGGUGCGUUACCAUGGGCCUGCCACUCAGAUUGACAUCACUAGAAAGAGAACCAAUGAGAUGCUUCUAUCGGUUGAUCUCGUUCCUUGCUUCCACAUCGGGGCAGAAGAGUACUUCGUAGCCAAACCUUACACAGGGGUGACGCAUACCCCUCAUCCUGAACUCCUUUGGAGACAGUCGUUUUCUCUGAAAGAAAAGGGAAAGUUGCAGCAUAUGGAUACUGACGGUGGUUGCAGGCACGAACUUCUUAGAAUCGUGAAGACCAUCGUCAAGAGGGAGAGGACGUCUCUCGCAGCCCUUCAGUCAUAUCACUUGAAGAACGCCUUCAUGCUUUACAUGAGAGAUUCGUAUGGCUGGAAUGCUCAGAACUCCCUAGGCGAGAAGUUUUUUUCAUUUCUUAGGGAACUGCAGACUCACCUGGAGAGGAGAAAACUUCCACACUUCUGGCUUCCAGACGUGAACCUUCUGGAAGGCAUCAAUCCCUCGGUAAUUGAACAAAUGGCAAAUCGAUUGAAGCGAAUUCUUAAUAGUCAAACAGAACUAGAAAAAACUCUCGUAUAGCUGGAAUAACUGCAGGUUCGAUUAAUUAAAUGAAAAUAAGAAUGUUUGCUCCAUUGCUGGCUGAAUCCAGUAGACCUCACAGUAAGAAAAAGAAAUGCCGACUUAAGAUAGUUUAGUUGUUGUUAUAGCCCUAAUAACUAUUGGUAAUGUAUUUGUAAAAGGGUGACCAAAAAUGGGAACAACAACAACCAUUUUAUUUGCCAUGUUUAGAAAUAAAGUUUACAAGAAUAGAAUAAGUUAACAAGGUAGAUCAAGCAAAAAACUACUCAGAAUAGCAAAAACUAAACAAGCCGAGUAGUUAAUUAUGAUGAUCAACUUUUUCUAGGGUUGUAACACACGAAAGAUAACGAGCGGAAAAAAGGCAAAUAAAUUACAUUUAAGGGGGGG